AUGCCACCUUCCACCGCACGGAUAACAAUAUUGCUCGACCAGCUUGCUGUGCUCGUCGAAGAGCGUGAGCGCCUCACAUUGCUAAACGUGAAACCCUCGAAGCUCGAGAACAUGGAAUUGCAUCAAUUGCUUGCAAAAGUUGUGACAGCCCUAAACACGGCAAAGAACAGCGUGGACGAGGAAAUUAAAGGCGAAACGUCGGUUGCUUAUCUCAGAAAGCAGAUGCACACCUUAGAGGACAAAUCCAGGGAGUAUGACGGGCUCCUCCACAAGCUCGUCGAUGACAUCAACACCUCUGAAUACACGGUUGAUAUGAGCUUUGACAACACGAAAACCGGUACCACGGCAAAUUCUACACCAAAAUCUGUCCGCUUCAAGGACAACCUUAUUGAGGAAGAGCCGUUGCACAUCACUGAAACCUCGUUCAAGCCGUACCGGGACGACGAGUCCGAGCUGUACCUCUUUGACGGCCGAAACACCGGGCUAGAGCCCACAAUCAUACACCACCCAUACCAGGAUACUCCAAAUCAGGAAAUCCUCCAGCAGCAGCAGGUUCACAUGAUCCACCAGGACAGUCGGUUAGAGUCGCUCUCGGCGUCGAUCAACAAGCAGCGAACGAUGGGAUUGCACAUCAACGAAGAGCUCGGGGAGCAGAACAUCAUGCUAGAUGACAUAGAGGCCCAGCUCGACAGCACAGGGCGCAAAUUGGUUAAGGGUCAUGCCGGUUUGCGCCGGUUUACCCUGAUGCUGUCCUCGAAUAACGCCCAUUGGUGGACGAUCCUUGUGUUGGCGUUGAUCUUGAUGAUUUUGCUUGUUGUGUUGAAUUAG